AAAACUGUUUAGCUACAACUCAGCUCGCAGUGCCAGUGUAGUUUAAUUCAACCAUCUUUUAGCGUAGUACUAUCUGCUCUUCCACUUUCCAUCAGCACAUCACUACCGUAUUUAGCAUCUUUCCGGUGGGUGCAUCUCCCUCCGAUCACCCUCCCAUUCCAAAUCAGAUCAGCUAAAUAUAUUAUAAUUUGGGAAACCUCAAAUAUGAAAAGAUGAUGGAAGGAUUGAGAUCCAAAAUCAGAGUAGCAAUUGUAGUUAUAGUAUCAGCAUGGAUCGGAAUCCUUGCUUUGUACGGUUUAUUAAAGCCGAUCUCCAAUGGCUGCAUAAUGACUUACAUGUAUCCUACUUACGUUCCUAUUUCUACAAAUGGCGGCGUGUCGUCUGCUAAGUAUGGAUUGUAUUUAUACCAUGAAGGUUGGAAGAAGAUUGAUUUUAAUCAGCAUCUUAAGCAGCUUAGUGGAAUUCCUCUUCUUUUUAUUCCUGGAAAUGGUGGCAGUUACAAACAGGUUAGAUCCCUGGCUGCAGAAUGUGAUAGGGCGUAUCAGGGAGGUCCACUUGAACAGGCAUUUUAUCAAGAGGCUUCCCUGACUCCCGAGGAGGGAGGGGAAGAUAUGGAUAUAGCUGGCUUCCAGUUACCUAAUCAAUAUAGUAGAAGGCUGGAUUGGUUUGCUGUAGACCUUGAAGGUGAACAUUCUGCAAUGGAUGGUCGGAUACUGGAAGAGCACACAGAAUAUGUUGUUUAUGCCAUCCACAGGAUUCUGGAUCAAUAUGAAGAAUCUCGUGCUGCCCGAGAAAAAGAAGGUGCUGCUGCCUAUGGUAGUUUGCCAAAAAGUGUCAUAUUAGUUGGACAUUCAAUGGGUGGUUUUGUUGCUAGAGCUGCACUCAUCCACCCUCGUUUAAGGAAGGCAGCUGUCGAGACUGUUCUUACUCUUUCAACACCACACCAAUCACCUCCUGUGGCAUUGCAGCCAUCAUUGGGUCACUAUUUUUCCCAGGUAAAUGAGGAAUGGAGAAAGGGAUAUGAGGUCCAAACCACUCAGACAGGACAUUAUGUGUCUGAUCCAUUACUCUCUCGUGUAGUUGUUGUCUCCAUCUCUGGUGGCUAUAACGAUUAUCAGGUUAGAACGAAGUUAGAGUCCCUCGAUGGUAUUGUGCCACCCACCAAUGGUUUUUUGAUAAGUAGUACAGGAAUGAAAAAUGUUUGGUUGUCAAUGGAACAUCAGGCUAUUUUGUGGUGCAACCAGUUAGUUGUGCAAGUGUCACAUACUCUCCUUAGUCUGAUAGACUCCAAAACAGGCCAGCCAUUUCCUGAAGCUAAUAAGAGACUUUCAGUAUUUGCAAGGAUGCUUCGUAGUGGGAUACCACAGAGUUUCAACUGGAUGUCAUCUCAUAGAUCAACAUAUGUUCCCUUAAAGGACUUGAAAAAUGCAACUGGUUCUCAAGUGCAUACUUUUUCCAGUUGCCCCAACAAUGUUCACUGGAAUGAUGAUGGCCUUGAUAGGGAUUUAUAUAUCCAGACAACUACCAUGACUGUUUUGGCAAUGGAUGGGAGGAGACGAUGGUUGGAUAUACAUAAAUUGGGGUCAGAUGGAAAAGGACACUUCAUGUUUGUAACAAAUCUCGCUCCAUGUUUUGGGAUUAGACUUCAUUUAUGGCCUGAUAAGGGGAAAUCUGCUUCAGAAAUGGCUGCAAGUAAAAGGGUUCUAGAGGUUACAGCAAAAUUGGUGCAGAUUCCAUCAGGACCAGCACCAAGACAGAUUGAACCUGGAAGUCAGACCGAGCAAGCACCUCCAUCUGCUGUACUCUGGUUGAGUCCUGAAGAUAUGCAUGGUUUCAGAUUCUUGACUGUCUCAGUUGCUCCUCGUCCGACAAUUUCAGGCAGGCCUCCACCAGCAGCUUCCAUGGCAGUUGGUCAGUUCUUUAACCCAGAUGACGGAAAGAGAGAUUUAUCUGCUCAGUUUAUGCUUCUAUCUAGCCAUUCUCAGAAGGAAUUACUUUUGAAGGAGGAUCAUCCCCUAGCUCUCAAUUUAUCAUUCACUGUUAGCUUAGGCCUUCUGCCCAUUUCUUUAUCUUUGACGACCACAGGGUGUGGAAUACAAAGGUCUGGCCUUCUGGCAGAAGAGGUUGGAGACAUGGAAAACAGUAGGCUUUGUAAACUGCGGUGUUUCCCACCAGUAGCGCUUGCCUGGGAUCAUACAUCAGGUCUUCACAUCCUUCCAAAUUUGUUCAGUGAAACUAUUAUGGUUGAUUCCUCACCUGCCCUAUGGAGUUCUACCCAGGGGUCGGAAAAAACCACCAUUAUGUUACUGGUUGAUCCUCAUUGUUCAUAUAAAGCAAGAAUUGCUGUUUCAGAAACUGCAGCUGCUAGCAGAUUUUUGCUUUUGUAUAGCUCACAGAUAGUUGGCUUCUCCAUUGCGGUUAUCUUUUUUGCUCUGAUGCGACAAGCACAUGCAUGGGAUCUUGAUCUGCCCAUGCCUUCAAUGCUGGUGGCUGUUGAGUCCAAUUUGAGAAUUCCAUGGCCAUUUUUGCUUCUAGGCUUUGUACCCAUUUUGUUUUCCUUGUUCAUUUCCUUGCUAAAGUCUCAACCACUUCCACCAUUGGCAAGCUUCGUCUUUGUAUCAACGAUUUGCUAUGUUUUUGCAAAUGGAUCUGUGAUUCUUCUGGUAUUGGUUUCACAAUUGGUGUUCUAUGGGGUUGCAAUCAUACAUGUUUUCAUCAAGUCAAGGUGGCAAGAAUGUGAAGGAAAUAUUUGCUUGGCAUUUCUUCAUUGGUUUAUUAAUUUAUCCUCUGGUUUCUUUUCAUUAAAGGUUGUGAGGGUUCUUAGAGUCAAUCCGUUACUUGUUACUGCACUGACUGCUAUUACCUUGGGGUGCUUUGUCCAACCAGCACUGGGUUUAUUCAUAUUGAUCUUGUCUCAUGCUUUGUGCUGUCAUAAUGCGUUGUGCAGUUUUUUUACGGCUUCCUUUCGCAGCCAUGCACGAAUGAAAGAGUUGCUUGAUUUUAAAGAUGUUGGGAAUGAAAGAUCUCAGCAAUUUGCAUCUAAACAUGAUGCUGGACUCGACCAGAAUUUCCAGCUGGAAGAGAACAGCUCCAGUAGUCCUGACUCUUCAAGAAGUUUUGGGGACACCCAAUUAGAGAUAUUCCAUCACCGGCAUGGUUUAUUGAUUCUGCAUCUUCUUGCAGCGCUAAUGUUUGUCCCCUCUUUUGUGGCUUGGUUGCAGAGAAUAGGCAUGGGACAUAGCUUUCCAUGGUUCCUUGAUUCAGCUCUUUGCAUUGGUGUCAUUCUUCAUGGUAUCCUCAACUCAAAGCCUGAGUUCAACUCCAUGUUUUCCUUCCCAGAAAUAUUUGGGAAGGAAGUGAGAUUGGACUUCAUCUACUUGCUCGCCGGCUACUAUUCCUAUGUUGCUGGUUUGGGCUUGGUGCCAUACAGAGUAUUUUAUGCCAUGGCUGCUAUAGGUUUCAUAUCUUGUGUCAUGAGGAUCUUAUAUAGGAGGAGCAGGGAGAAGGGAGAGCCACGUUUUGGCAGAAAAAAGCGUUCUCAUAGACAUUGAGGACGUGUAAAAAGCAUCAGAAUUUUAGAAGACAAAUUGUACAAGCAUUUGUGAUGGGAGGUGGCAUGAAAUGAGCAUUCAGUUUCUGGAGAUAAUAAGCCUGCAAUCUUUGAAGGGAAGUGAUCUUGCUAACAGGUGAAGGGUAAUACAGAAACAAAGAAGGAAAUUUUGUUGUACCAUUAGGCCGAUUUUUUAUGGCUUUGCAUUUUUGUAUGUAUAUGAGCAUUUUGUUUUGAGAUCAUAGGAGAGAAGGGACUAGCUUUUGCGAUUGAAAAGACAUCCUGCAUUUGGCAUAAAACAAAGGCCAUUGUUGAUUGUGCAAAGCAAGGUGAUCCUUCAAGAGUUUACUUGCUGAA